AUGGAUGUGACUGUGGAGGAGGAGAAGAUUUCCUGGGAGGAUGCUCUGAGCCACUGCAGAGAGAAACAAACUCAUCUCCCCAGUCUGCUUUCUGAGACCGAUCAGCUUCUGGCCCAGACUGAGAUCAAGCCCAACAACAUCAGUGAGCAGAUGUGGAUCAGCCUGUGUUUCCUGGGUGACUGCUGGAUGUGGGUGAACAGUGACCCUCUGGAAUAUGAGACCUGGUCCAGACAAGGAGAUCAGGACCACCAGUGUCCAAUCAGGAAAUGCUGUGGAGCUUUAACCAAAGACGGACUGUGGGAGAACUGGGACUGUCAAGACAAACUGAACUUUAUCUGCAUCUGA